GUCCCCAGCUGGGUGCUGGCAACCGCACUGGGAAAAACUCCCUGAGAGAAGGUCUGAUUUCUGUGCUCAGGAGCACGUCUACCCUACCGGCUGCUCUCAGCCCCAGAAUCCCAAGGAUGCGGCUCCUCGGGAGACUCCGCUCUUCGGCCCCGGGACCCGCCUUCUCCAAUGUGCUCACGCCGGCUCGCAUCCCGGAGUUCUGCAUCCCGCCGCGGCUGCCCCUGCCCAGCCCGCCGCAGCCGUCGCCCCAGGACGCGGUCCUGCCCCGGCGCUGCGCAGCCGAACCCGACCUGUGGCUCCGAUCGGCCGACGACGAGGGCGCGGGCCGCACGGACUGGGACCCGCGCUCGCAGGCCGCGCUCUCGCUGCCGCACCUGCCCCGCGCGCGCACCGCCUACGGCUUCUGCGCGCUGCUCGAGAGCCCGCACACGCGCCGCAAAGAGUCGCUCUUCCUCGGGGACCCCGGCGCCGCCGCCGCCGCCGCGCCGCUCUGCGCCCCGCGCCCCCACUCCGCGCCGCGCCCGCGGGCGCACACCUACUGCGCGGGCGCCGUGAGGCCGCGACCGGCACGCGGAGGGGAGCGCGACGCCCCCCCGGCGGCCCCGCCGGCCUCCGCCCCGGCCCCCGCCGGCCCCCAACCCACUGCGGACUCGGCCGCCGCGCGGCCCCGCGGGCGCCGCCUCCUGCGCGCCCCCGACGGGCUGCUGGGCCGCGCGCUGCGCGCCUGCGGGAGCCGGGGCUCGGCGCGCGCCCGCUCCGCCUCCGGCCGGGUCAAAGACGAGGUGGAGCGCGACGCCGCCGCCGCCGCCCCCGAGUCCCCCAUCUCGGCCCCGGCGCGCCCCUCGCCAGCCCCGGGCCCGCGGCCCGAGCGCCUGGAGGCCGAGGGCACCGUGGCCCUGAGCCGCGCCGGCUGCGCCCUGCGCCUGGCCGCUGAGUACAGUCCGGACAGCGGGCGCCUCCGCCUGCGGCUGCUGCGCGCGCAGGGCCCGGCCGGGGGCGCCCUGGAGCCCCGCGCCGUGGCCUGUCGCCUCCGCCUGGUGCUGCAGCCGCCGGGCGCCUGGCGCGCGCCGCUGCGCGCGGGCUUGGGGCGCAGCCGCCGGGCCGCCCUGGAGCAGGACUUCUGCUUCGACGGCCUCAGCGAGGAGCAGCUGCGCCGCCUGGCCGUGCGCGUCCAGGCCGAGCUCAAGGGCCGCGGGCUGGAGCGGGGCCGCCGGCUGGGCCAGGGCGAGCUGCUGCUGGGCGCCCUGCUGCUCUGAGCGCGGGGCUCCCUGCUCAGCCCGGGACACGCACAGCCGCUCCGGACAAAAUAAAAGACAUUUAUUUUUGUCUAGUCUUGGCAGAGAUAAUACUGGAUCAUCUCCAGCACCUUUGUGAAGGAUGGAAUUAUAAUGUUUGUGCCUUGAAAAUUCUGUUCUGUAAAUAUAAUUUUCAAAAGUGUUUUCCAAUUUUGAUAGCCAAGUGCAUUUCAUAGGUAUGAAGCUCAUGCAGUGUUAGGACAGUCUCAUUUUACGGUUUAUUCCACACCU